AUGGCAACUUCCAUGAUUUUUGUUGAAAUUCUUACUGGAAAACCAAUUACUCUUGAAGUUGAAGCAAGUGAUAUCAUAGAAAAUGUUAAAGACAAAGUACACGAUGAAGAAGGUAUCCCACUUGAUCAGCAACGAUUCAUCUUUGCUGGCAAGCAAUUUGAAAAUGGUCGUGCAUUGAGCGAUUCUAAUAUUCAAACAGAGAGUACGCUUCAUCUUGUACUUCGACUUCGAGGUGGUGAUAAUCAAUGA